AUGGUUCUUAUUGUUACCGUUUUUCUGAUCGGCUUACUCUUGGGUAUUCUGAUUGGCAAUAGUGCCUGGGCUGCUCUCCUUGUCGGAAGCAAAAUACAGACCUCAAUACUCCGUGAGCUUUUAGAAACCUCAGCAGAUAAGAGAUCCGACCGUAUUUUGGACCUAUGCUUCUUCCAACUGGCAAAAACAACUUGGUCUGAAGAUGUUGACCAUUUCCUCACGGAUGAGGUGAUAAAUCAUCUUGAGGCAAAAAUCCAUAAUCCGGCGCCAAUACCAAAUCCCCGCGUGUUCUCUUUUAUCCACUACGGCCUUCUAGGAAAAUGCAAGCUAGAUUAUAGCAUACCAUCCAUUGUUCACCCUAUGGGUUACGACGAGGAAGUUAUUAAAGUUAUGCAACGGAUACAAGAGCAUAGGAAGAAAAGGGCGAAUCAGCACAUGGAGGUUGCCACAUGUGGCGAACGAUCGGGCAACACUUCCAACUACGAUGAUGAGCUCUGGGCACGAAAGGACGCUAAGAAACUUGGAGAUGUUGAGAAAGGCUUGGGUUCUCUACCGUCAUCCUAA